UUCACACAUUUAUUUAUGUAUUUUUUUAUUCAUAUAUACUUUCAUUUAUCUGAGUUUACUUCAAACGAGUUAAGUAAUGUCAGGACAGAGGGCACAAGGAUGAAGAUAGAGAAGCCACUUAAGGAAAGUGUUGUUAACCACUGCUCGAGACUAUAAAGGUGCUCUGACGUGUACAGCUGUUCCAGGUCUCCUCCUCGCGCAGAGCAGUCACAGCGGCGCGAGGCUCAUCGGCAGCGAACCUUCCGUCUGACUCCAUGAACUCUGGAUGAAUGUAUAAUUAUAAAAUAGGACUUUUUAACUUUAUUAUUGAUGCUUGCUGCGCUGUAAAGUGUUAGACUAUCUGGAGAGCAGCAGACGAAGCUUUGUUCUUUUGUUUUGUUUGUAUGUGUUAUUUUCUACAGUCGAUAACUGCGAGUUAAAGAGCGUCUGCAACCACACAGGUGUGUGUGAGAGAAGAAAUACGGCCAUGUACCGUUCAGCUUCAUGGCCUUCUUCUUCCUCUGAGACUCGGCUUCAUCACCAGCUCCCCAGAGGCCACACGUACCUAGAUACCCUGAGACAUGUCAGCUUUGGAACAGUAGUGAUGUGUAAGAGACGAGACGCUGGACAGAUUGUGGACGUAAAGACCAGCGAUCACCACCAGGAUCUUCAUCAGGAGGCCUCCAUGCUGAGACACCUCAUGUUACACAACCUUGACAAGUGCAACAUCCUCACGUUAUAUGAUGAGAUCUUCAUCAGCAACAGGAUGAGUUUGGUGGUUGAGAAGUUGGACAUCAGCCUGCACAACUACCUGCUGGAAACACAAGGCCUCGUGUUGUUGGAGGACAUCAGGACCGUUAUCCAACAGGUAGGGAGGUAG